AUGCACUCAUCUCAGUCUCUAGGUGCUAAAAGAGACAAUAAUAGGUUUUACUCAUAUCCAAACUAUACAAACAUAACAGACGUCAGUGAGAACAAGUUUGCAGCUGAUUCACUGGGAAGCUUUCAUAGAUAUGCUGAAAAUAUAAAGCAAGACGAAUGUAUGGAUAAUAGUUUGCCUCAGGACAAAGAUCAGUUGCAACAACAAAUUAGUACGAAGCCAUCUUCUUUCUACCCUUUACAAGAAGCGGAUGUGAAACCAGAAAAUAAAACUCUCCCAUCAAAAAUAUCAAAGUUUUCAAAGUUUCUAAACAGGUUCAAACACAAACCAUCUAAAAGCACAGGAGUCGCCAAAAAGUACAACACAGUCACUGGAGUCAAUAUUGCACCAACUAAUGAACAUUCAGUACCUUGGAGAAGACGCUUUUCGAGACACCACACUACCAUGUUUAAUCUAGCUGCUGGGGAGAAACUGCUUCCUUCAGAUCUGUUUCCUGAAACCAACAUGAAGCCCAUUUUGGAUGCUAUAUUCUCACCCCCUGUCAAAGAGCCCAUGAAGACUAUUGAAUCACUUGAGUAUUCAAACAAAGUGAUUGAAUUGAAUGAAAGUAUAACAAGACCUCGCACCAAACUGUUAAGUCUUAGCUCCUUUUACAACAAUAGCUUCUUCAGCACUGCUGUCAGGAAGCCAAUAUCUUAUGAUAACUCUCAAAUAACUGAUGAAACUAUCGUAGUACAAAUAUAA